GUAAACUUUUGGUCCACGCUGAUAAGCGAUAACAGCUGUUUUUGACAUGUUUUGGGCAGGCGAAGUGGUUUAAUUUAGGGCAAUGUAUUGGGCAAUUCCUAAUUCAAUAGAUUCCAUUCAUGAUCCAAAUAGUGCUAUUGGUUCUUUUUUGCUGUAAUAAUAAUUGUCAACAUCACCAAGCGUUCCUCAAAUUUGUUGUUAAAUCAAAUCUUUACUCAGUCUCCCGUCAACUUGCACAUCCAUCAUGAGUCGUAAAUAUUCCGAGGUCUAUCAAGUAAAAUCUCCAACCAGGACUGAGGGUGAUGGAAUGGAAAAUACUGGAACCACGAGUACCACGGAUGCUAUUGAGAAAGUUGAGGGAGAGCAAAAACAUUUACGUGACCAGUACAUAUACCAUCCAGUAGAUUUAAAUCAACAUAGCUUUAAAAACAAUGCCAAUUUUCCAAGUAAUAUUGUGAAUCUAACUCCACAAGCCAUCACUAGAAGUAUCUCUAAAGUUGGAAAAGGAAAAACAAGCCUGAAUAUUGGGAAGGAGCCAAAGUUUGUUCCUUAUGAGCCUUACAAAGCUGCUGUCAAGCCAAUCAUACCAUUUGAAAAGGAUAAGCAUAGGAGGAAAAAUUUAAUCAGAGUUCAUGCCUCCAGGAAAUCAAAUGAAGAAACAGAAAAAUUGAACGAUGAGUUCAAUAAAAUGAAAGUCAACAAAGUUGAGGAAAAGGCAGCUGUCAGUGUGGAAAACAAAACUGAAUGUGAGGACUGGACGGAGGAAAAGAAGCAAAUGGAACAGGAAAUGAAGAGACUGAAGGAAGAAAAUACCACUCUUGAAAACCAAGUAACUUUUCAGACUCAGGUCAAUGGUGAGUUGAAAAAACUCUUAGUCGCUGCUGUUGGAGAGGACAUAGAAACUAGAGUGCACCUUCUGACAGAAGAUAAACUACAAUUAGCACGAGCUCUACUCUCAUCUGCACAAUCCCUGUCCACUCAUCAGGAGCAGAUAGAGUGGUUGGCUGGACAGUGUGAAGUUUGGCGCAGCAAAUUUUUGGCAAGCAGUUUGAUGGUUGAAGAGCUAGCAAAGUGGAAAGCAUCUCUCAAUCAGAAAGUUGCCACCUAUGAAGAGAUCAUACGUCAGUUACGCUGUGAAAGGAACUGUGUUCGCGAAUCAUUGCUGCAGACAUUCAAAAACCUUCAUGUGCUCCAAACAAAUUAUGAUUUAGCAGCUUUGGUGAACUCGCCAAACAGUAGAGGAGAUUGUGUGCCUAAAACAAGCAAUAUACUUGAUUUGGCUUCGUCAAACUAUAGAAUCAGUGAGAAUUUGAAGGUUCAACUAUUGGGUGCUGAUGCAAGUAAAUAUGAGGCUGCAAAUUUGAGCACUUUAAAUUCCGAGACCUCUGCUGAGCAAUUGUCAAAUCAGGCACUGUCAAUGCCUCUGGAGCUGUUGAAGCGGACUGAUGAUGCAUGUAGUGCUGUGAUCGGGGCAGCAGUAGCAUUAAAUGCCACCAUCCACAAUCCCAACUGUCAUCACUGCACUGGGAAAGUGCAAGUGCUUUGACCAAUCACAAGAUUUUGGACAAUAGUGCCUUACUGGAAACUGCAGGAUCAUAAUGUUGGCUAGUUUACAAACCUUAUUCAGAUGUUUACUGGAGUGCAGUCUACAAACAGAAUUUUAUUCGAGUGUUUGUUCAUUUUACUGAUGCCCACUGUGAAACUGUGAUAUUAUUCCGUUUUAAAUGCCUCACUAAGUAUUUUGUGUUAAAAACACAAAAUGAGUUCAGGUUUAUUAGAUAUCAUUUUUUUUGUUCUUAAAGUCCAAACUUUCCAGGUAUUCAUAGUGUGUAGAAGGUUUGUAACAGUGAUGAUCAGUGCAAGUUGGCCACAUUGGGUUUUGUCCAUUUGUGUGUGUGUAAAACAAUCAAUAUUUAUCAUGACAGGCUGCUUUAUGUAGAAUCAAUCAUUUAUAAGUUAUGAAAAUGGAGGAAUUACAUUGUUGCCAAUUAGCAAAAUUGCCACCAGUUGUAAAAGCCGGAAGAAAAUUUUACCCUAAAAUGUGCAGCAACUUUAAUUUUGAGACAAAUUUUCUAUGAUUCAGUCUUGGUCACCAUUUGGCAUUUAAGUACAUCACAUAUCCAAUUUAACGUCAAUUUUGCUCAGAAAUUGGACAAAACUGCAAGUCAAGUGCAAGUCUGUGUGUCCGCAAGUGCAGAAAUUUUCUGAUCACGCGAUCAUGACCUUAUUGCUGCUCGCGUAAAAAAUGAGAAAGCUGAGAAAAUUUGGAAGGCCAGAAUCGUGUUCAUAUUUGCGUGUUUUUUGCAAAAUUGCAGAAAUAUCUACAUGGCAGACAAAAGAAGAUCAGAGCUAGGAAAGUUUUGGGUAAAGAGGGGUUUUUAAAAUAGGAAAGCCGUUUGGAAAAAUUGGAAGGCUGAGAACUUUCUGCUUUUCUGCUAUAAGUCUCUUAUUGUCAAUAAUUUUUUAAGUUCUGUCGUUUUUGAUAAUUUAAAUUCCGAUGAGACCUGCUUCUAAACUUUGAUGAAGCAUUAUGAAAAGCUGAAGGUCAAGAAAAGAGGGGAAUAUCUUUUGUCUUUUCAUUGAGUCAAGGGAUUUUGUAGAACAGGCUGUUAAUUUGAUUAUUAUUUGCUCUGUCAACAUUUAUGAAGAAUAUGUAUAAAAUUUUUAACUGUCGACUAAAAUUCUAGGAGUUGGCAUAUCGGUUUUUCUAAAGACUGGUGCUAUUUCAGCUGUGAUGAAUCUAGUUUAGUUAGUUGUCAAAGGGAAACUGAAAAGAUUCUAUGUUUUUUCUAUGAGAGUGAUCUGUUGCUGUGUGAAUUAUUUUAAGAAAUGAAUAGCUGACAUCAUGAAUAAUUCAAUAAUGGGUAAGAAUAUGAUAUACAGGCACUGGGGAAAGUUCCCAUGGUAAGAGUGGGAAAAUGUUAACAUUUUUCGAAUAUCAUUGCAAUGAGACAAAAUUAAGUCUGUUAGAUGUAUUUAAAAUGUUUUUUGGCUAUGCUUUAGAGAGAAAGCAACCUUGAAACCUUUUUUUCCUUGCAGAAAUCACAUGACCAGAAUUAAAUCUAUGUUCAGUAAAAAUAUACCAGAGCACCAAAUACAGUUAGGAAUAAUACAGGAAUUCAGUCACAAUCGUUUAUUUGUCUUACUAGAACCAUACCCCGAUUUACGUAAAAGAAUCUUGAUUCAAAUUUUAAAAGGUUCAAGGAAGCAGUAAAUGGACUUAGAGCUUUGUUGUUACAAAUUUAUCCUGUAAAAUCAAGGAUAAGGUUUGCUUUUUGUAUUUUGAUACAAAUGAAUGCUUUUGAGUAGAAAAAUAUUCUCGAGGCGUUUAAAGAACUUACGAAUACCAUUUUUUAGUGUGAUUCUUAGCAAUAAAACAUUUUUUUACCAACAAUAACAGUUCUCAGAAGCUGUUUUGAGGAUUGAGUCAGUGGUUUCGCGUGACUGUAAGUCAGUGACGACUUCAAUUCGAAAUUCACCACUCCUCAUUUUAUUCCAAAUUUUUUAUCCUCAGAAUUUUACAUUCAAGGAAUUGUAUAGUUUUUCUGAGUAUCAACUAAUGGUUUGACAUUACUUUGUUCAGCAGAUACCAGCCUUUUUAUGUCUUCCGUUGUUUUUUUUUGCAUGUUUUGUAAUAUGAUUUGUCUAAAUACAGCAUUUGUGAGAAAAUUAA